AUGGCAACUGAGCGUGUCAAGGCCUCCGUCCUCCAUGGCGAGAAGGAUCUCCGUCUGGAGGAACGUGAACUCCCCGCACCCUCAAGCAACGAAGUCCAAGUCGCCGUCAAGUCAACCGGCCUCUGCGGCUCCGAUCUUCACUACUACAACCACUUCCGCAACGGCGACAUCAUCGUUCGCGAACCUCUUACCCUCGGCCAUGAGUCCGCGGGCACAGUCGUAGCCGUCGGCUCAGAAGUUACACAUCUCAAGCCUGGCGACCAUGUCGCUCUCGAGGUUGGUCUUCCUUGUGAGGCCUGUGAGCUCUGCGGUGAGGGCCGUUACAACAUUUGCCGUGGAAUGAAGUUCCGCAGCUCAGCAAAGGCCAAUCCUCAUGCGCAGGGAACUCUGCAGGAGAGAAUUAACCACCCUGCUAAGUGGUGCCACAAAAUGCCUGAACAUGUCACUCUCGAUCUCGGUGCUCUCGUUGAGCCUCUCUCAGUCGCAAUGCACGCCCGUGAUCGCGCCGCUCUCCCCAAGGGCUCAACGGUCCUCGUUCUCGGCGCCGGUGCCGUCGGUCUUCUCGCAGCCGCUGUCGCAAAGGCCGACCAAGCAAAGACCGUCAUCAUUGCCGAUAUCCUCAAGGACCGUCUUGACUUUGCCAUCAACAACGGCUUCGCCGAUGCUUCAGUAGUUGUCCCCAUGGAGCGCCCACAAACUAUCGAGGACAAGCUCGCCUUUGCCCAGAAGGUCGCUGCUAUGGUGAAGGAGACUCAGGUCAACGGAGAGGCUGUCGGUGAGGUUACAGCUGUGUACGAGUGCACUGGUGUCGAGACAUGUGUGCAAACAGCUAUCUACGCUACCAAGCCUGGAGGCAAGGUUAUGAUCAUUGGCAUGGGAACUCCCGUCCUCACCAUCCCCAUGUCGGCUGCUGCUCUUCGCGAAGUCGACAUCGUGGGUGUCUUCCGUUACGCCAACACAUACAAGGAAAUUAUUGAGCUAUUGGCCAACCCUCCUGCCAACAUGCCUGACGUGAGCCGUCUGGUCACUCAAAGAUACAACGGCAUGGAGAACAUUGAGGAGGCUUUCAAGAUGGCUGGUAAGGUGAGGGAUGAGCAAGGCAACCUUGUUAUCAAGGUCGUAGUGGACUUUAACGAAAAAUGA